AUGCCGAAUACAUAUCACCACAAACAGUCCGUCAAAUCCUCUGGAAGUGAGCAUCUGGAAGCCACGCGCGAGAAUGGUCCGGCAACACAUCGUUACAAUGAACUCGAUCCUCCCCCAAUCCGGAGUACCCGAGCCAGUGUUCGCGAGCACAGCACUGCGAGUCUCCUCGACCAGUAUCGCGAACUGCUUCGACACCAAAUGCGCCAUGGGACCCUCGUGGCGUUGAGGGAUGAAUUGGCGCGGAUGAAAUUCUCGUCUGGUCGCACGGCGGUUGAUCUCAGGACUAAUAUAACCCACGAACUCCCGACGCAGACGCAAACGCACCCGUUGCCACACCAGCUGGAGACACUGACCGUCUCGAUCAACAGAGCCAUCCAGGAUCUAGAACUCGCUGUGGUACAAGCACACCGGGAAGCUAAAAGAGAAAAAGCCGUGCUGGAGCGUGCUAAGGCUUCGACGCUGGAUAUGAAUCAACGGACCCCAGAUUGCCGGCGACAUGCUAUCUCUGCAGUGCGCAGGGAGCUGACGACGUGGCUCGAGCAGAGCUUGGACAAGUGCCAGGAAAGUCACAAUCACGUGGCAGUCGAGUUAGAUGGAGGAGUUGAAUCCGAAGACAACGAUGUUGCAGAACCGUGGGAAGCGAAGAUUGACGGGCAGUACGAGCGGUACUUGGAGGCCCGAAGACACCUGAUCGAUAUCGUCGCUUGCUUGAGGACUCCCCUUCCAACUCCAACUCCGCCGCAAGAGCGCAAGGCCAAAGGUAUCGUCAGCGUCAGCGCCACACAGGCUCUAGAGAAAUCCACCGCGCAGCAAGUUCCUCACACUCUGGCCGCCGAGACCGGUGUAGGUGCAGAAAACGCGCUCGAAACCCGGCUUCUACCAUCCAUGCAACAGCAUAAUACGGCGCACGCACAUCUCACGUCCCUAGAUGAGCAGCUAGGGAAGGAAACCACCGCCACGAUCAACAUGCUCGACCGACUCGGCGAGGAGAGUCAGCUUCUGCAGGCGUUUCCCCUGCUGGCACAUUCGGGGCGAUUCGAACACGCUGCGUCUGCGUUUGGGAAUGUUAAGAAACAAGACAGAGACACUUCGACUUCGGACACGGAAGGGCAGGAUAUGCAGGACACGAUUUCGAAACGGCUGAAACCGUGGUUGUUUGCUGCUCAGGCCGCGGAUGUGGCUUCAAUGAGCAGCGUCGACGCCUAUCUACAAAAAGGAGAUCAAGCGGUGCAUGCCGCCUCGAGGAGUCUGGAUGCAUUAAGGGUCGUAAGAGAGGCUGGCAUAUGA